ACAUUUAGCUUCUCUGAGCUUUCUGCUUCUUCGGUCCUGGCUAUCUUUUCCUGUAGAGAUCUUGUAGAGAAAGCUCAGCAGGGGUUAUCUUUGCCUGUCACCCUUGUGGACAGUGAUUUGAAGAUAGGAUGUGCAGUAGAGGGCACUGGAGGCCGGAGGAAGACGAGAAGCUGAAGGAGUUGGUCAGUAGGUUUGGUCCUCACAACUGGAACGCCAUCGCAGAGAAGCUUCAAGGAAGAUCAGGUAAAAGCUGUAGGCUCAGAUGGUUCAAUCAGCUGGAUCCAAGGAUCAACCGCAGCCCCUUCACGGAGGAGGAAGAAGAACGGCUCCUCGCUUCGCACCGCGUUCACGGCAACCGCUGGGCGGCCAUCGCCAGGCUCUUCCCUGGUCGUACCGACAACGCAGUGAAGAACCAUUGGCAUGUGAUCAUGGCUCGUCGGCAUCGAAAAGCUACUGCCAAAAGCAUAUAUACAGCCACAGGCAGAUCAACAGAAGACAAGGACAAGGGAUCAGAGUCGAGGCAUAUAUACAACCACCUUAAGUUACUGCCAAAAGCAUUCUUCUCCGACCUCCAUGAUCAUAUUCCCCAGAUGGCCAAAGAUGGAGAGAGUUCAACUGAGUUCUAUGAUUUUCUUCAAGUAAACACCGAGUCUGAUGGUGCUAAAUGUCAUUCAAGUGUAGAGGAACAGGAGGAGGAGGAGGAGGCUGAGGAGGAAUGGAGAAAAGCUGGUGUUCCCUUCAUAGAUUUCUUGUAAGUCAGAAGUUCUCCCUAAGAUAUCUUAUCUAGCAACAGUUAUAGUGUACAAAAAAUAUUUUACAUCCUCGAUCUCACUAAUAUAAUUCCAUGUCUGUUCAUGAUAUCAUUUAGUAGUAGAGAUAUGAAGACUCUCUACCAGUAAUAAAAUCAUGUAGCAUGCAUAGAUCUUAUGUAAUAUAUCGAAUUCUUAAGUAAUAAGCUGGCAUGUUGACAUCAUGCCCUUGUUUCAGAACUACCAAGGCAAGCUUAUAUGGAUUGAUCUAAUGAUCAAAACCUUGUAAAUCGUGCAUAUGUUUCACUGAGAAAUUAAAAGUGUUACUUGUAAUAUUAUCAUCCUGUACACUCUCUAUCUUGGUGAGUCUCUCAGGAAUACAUACAUAUAUAUAUUGUGCCAAUUCUUGUUUGA